AUGAGCGACGAAAGUGGAGGCACCGCGUCCAUCGCCUGUGAGCCCUGCCGGCAGAAGAAGUGCAAAUGUGAUCGCAAGCUCCCGAUUUGCACGCAAUGCACAGCCACGGCGGCCAAGUGCAACUACCCGGAGCAGAACAGGAGAGGCAUCCCGGCUGGAUACCUGAACAUGUUGGAGAAGCGACUCGUCGAGACCGAACGAGCUCUCUUCUUCGCCCUGGCCGAGAUUCACGCAGGAAUCGUAGACAAUGAUGAGUAUCCCAACGCAGCUUUACUGGCCACCAGACCCUCAACUAAGAGCAAGUCGGAGAUGAUGGCAGCGUGGGCCAAACAGCCCCUGGGAAGUCGAGAGCGUGCGAAGUCGUGGUUUUUAGAGAACCGGGACGGGGCGGUGGAUGCAUUCCGCAAUCCAUUUAAUGGAAGGAGCUUCAGAGAAUCGGGCCAUAGUCCGUCGCAAUUCUCAAAUGUGAGUGCAUCUCCGGGGCCAGAGCCGUGGGCUUCGGGGUCAGUGGGCAUGGCACCGCCGCAGGUGCAGGUGAGCUCAACGCACUAUCUCUCGGGUCAGCAGCACGACUUCAUCACUUCCACGUCCAACAAUCAAGGCAUCCAGAGGGACAUGUGGCCGAGCAGUUCGGAUAAUAUUGUAGUCCACAUGAUGCCAAAUCCGAGUGUAUCGGAGUUGCCGGUGCAGCGGAAUCAUAUGGGCACUGACGGCAAUAGCAGAGCUAGCGCAUUGGCGAGGGAACAUAAAAGGAUGUAUUUCUAG